AUGGAACUUUACUAUUACCGUUCAUUAGCAAUCUCCUCGAUAUUCAACCCCCACGCCCCAAACCCUAGGUUCCCCACGGGAUCCCCCAAGAUUGUGUCGUGGGUGCGGCACCGCGACAUCCACGUCCUCACCGUGGGCCGCUUCACCUUCACCAACGACGACAGGUUCGAGGCGCACCACGAGGACGGGAGCAACGAGUGGGUUCUCAAGCUGAGAUUUCCAACCACCAACGACUCUGGGAUAUACGAGUGUCAGAUCAACACCAAGCCGACGAGAACUCAGUUGAUCUCCCUCGAUGUCGUAGGGUUUAUAUUGCAUGUUUACACUCAUUAUGCAAAAUACAAAUAA